CAUUCCUUUAAAGGGGUGUCAUUGUGUGGCAGAAUAAACACUUCAUAGCUCUAUAUAGCUUUUAUAGAGAAGUCUAAAAUGGCUAGCUAUCAGCAGGGCGUAACAAGAGCUCUCGGCAAUGAUCAGAAAGGGAAGCCACAUUCGAAGUCGAGGCCUCUGCUGAUUGAUUUGUUGAAGGAACUCAAGUCUGUCGUUAAUAACUGGCAACUGCUUAUGAUCAACAUGGGAGUGGAAAAGUUUGAAAAUGAUAAGAUAGAGAAGAAUUUCCAAAAUGAUACUGAUCGACAAAAACAGGAGGCCUUUGACAAGUGGUUGAGGAUGAAACCUGAUGCUUGCUGGAAGGAUGUUAUUGAUGCUCUGUAUGAAAUUGAAGAGAUCACUCUAGCUAGUAUACUUACUAGGAAGUAUGCCUGGGAAGAUCCAAGGGUAUCUGUGACAUGGACCUUCUUAAGUACCUCUAAGUUUGCUUGUAUCACUGCCAAGAGAGUUGGUGAUAUACCGUGUCGAAGAUUUCUUCCUACACUUAAUCCUGGACUAGAUUACUACACUUUAGAAGAUGGAUCAGUACGACCAAUUAAUGAAAGAUCAGCUGUUGAAAGAACAGCAUAUUUCUCGCAUCUCUUACUGACCAAACCACGUCCUCACAGCCUGAAAGAUUUCUUCAGGAGCAUUGAAGAUAGCAGCAGUAAGGGCGACUUCAGAGUAGGAUUAGAAGCAAGGUUUGGGUCUUUAUACUUAAAAAUGAAGCCAGAAAAUGUACUUCCCGCUAACUCAACGAACCAGAGUUGGAGGCGAUCUCAAUUGCUUCGAUACAGGUCUUUCAACACCCAAGUGGAAGAAGCUGAUGUUAAGCGACUAUUCAUUGACAAGGAAGUACUCGGGAAAAAGCUCACUAGAAUAACCUUGACUUUUGUAGUGGAAGGCCAAGAUGAAGGAAGAUACUCAGCUCAUAUUACAUCAAAUGAAGAUGAUUUUCGAGUGGAUGCUGUAUACAGAGAAACACAGAUUAAAAAUAAAGCAAAAUUAGACAUUGCUUUACCAGGACGGAAGUAUGACCUGAGAGUAUCAGAUGGUACUGAAUGUAUCUUGUGUGAACAUAAGAACAGUAUACCAUAUCAGAUUGCCAAAACCACUGCACAAUAUUUGUACAGACUUCUCGAUGGAAGACUUCGUGUCAUUCUCCGUGGAUCAUCUCCAAAUAAUGAGAGCACUUGGAAAGUCAAGCACAUUCGACAACGUGUGCAAAGGCAGUACAAAUGGAAACCAGAGAAAAAGUGGAGUUUGGCCCGGUACGAUGUCGACGUCUUUGAGUAUGACAAUAAUCAGGAUGUUGUCGACACUGCCCCACUGAAAGGAGUGGAUAUUGCGUUUGACUACUCAAGAAAAGAAGUUGAGCUUUGGGGUCAAAAGAUAUUCCCAAAAAACGUUAGCGGUACCAGGCCUUCACGAGACAAGUACUACUACAUGGAAGGGAUUGAGGGAGUGCGACUGCCUGGGGGGGAACUCAGGGAGCCGUACAAUUGGACCACUGAGGAACUGUUGAGAGAUUUCGAGGAGUUUCUGGGAGAUGCUUUCAAGAUUGCUCACAUCCUCGAUGGGUCACCUUACUGAACUAAAGCAUAUCAAUUAACAUUAAUUUUAUUAUUAAAUAGCGUGGUUUUAUACUAAGAUAAAAAUUAUGGUAUUUAUUAUAAUUAUGCAGCUAUAGAUUUACUUCACUGCCACUGUAUUUCAUUUAGUACGUUCUAUAUGACGUUCCUGAGACUGAGGCAUAAUUAUGUUUUUACUUGUUUUAA